ACCCCUAUGACAAAGUAUUUGAUGAUUUACUAAUGGAAAUCAAGGCGGAUAGGUCUGCUACAGUACGUAGGAUAGUAUCUGGCUCCUUCCCUGUCCUGCUAUUGGUGGGGACGAAGCCGAUAGACGAAUCGACAUACUGGAGGACAGACAAACAUCCGAACAGAGAAACAGUGACGCAUAAAGGCAGACGGACAUACGGACAGACCGAACCACCCGACACACCGAUAGACUGACACAUCUUCACAAUUGACUGACCGACUGAAGACAGAUAGGCCUCACUAGUGUCAUGUCUCCUGCUAAGAGGCUGAGUCUGCUCCUCUUCCUAGCUGGGUUCUUCGGGGGCUUGGGGGCCCUCUCCCUGAUGCUCUCCUUUGGGACAGACUACUGGCUGCUGGCCUUGGAGACCUGUGGCCCUGGGGCAUCAGAGACCUGGGAGGCUGGGGCCCUCAGACCUGGGGAGGGGGAGAUGGAGGAUCAGGACACUGUGACAUUCUUCCACCAGGGCUUCUUCUGGAGGUGCUCCUUCAGUGGCAUGAGAGAGGAGAACAUGGUGUGGCACUUCUGGAUCACCAAUCAACCACACCAAAAGGUCUGUGUGCCUGCCUACCUCUUCCCAUUUUGUGCUUCUGAGCAAAGCACGGAUGACCAGGCACCUGACACUGCAGUCUACAGGGCCUUCUGGAGCAUCUUCCUUCUAGUGGGCGUGGUCACUGUUAUGAUUGGUGGGUUUGUCAUCAUCUGUGCCUCUCCAUUGGCCAGCCACAGGCUCUACAAAGUAGGCGGGGCACUCUUGCUCACUGGAGGUCUAUGUCUCCUGGUUGUAAUAAUGAUGUAUGUAGUCUGGACCCAGGUACUGGACACUCUGGAGGACUACGCUGCCCAGCAACAACACUCCUCUCAGUGUCCAACAGUCUACCACCUCAGCAUCCAAUACGGCCUCUCCUUCCUGUUUGCUCCCGUCUCCGUCUUCUACUUCCUGCUGGCAGCACUGCUCUUCAUCCUGAUUGGACGAACAGUGUGGAGGUGCCAUCACAAAGUGCCAAUGUAGUGACUGAGGGGGGAAACAGCCAGAGAGGAAGUUGGGAAUGAACAGUGACUCCAGUGCCAUAAAGGCCCAGACCUCCAUGUUCAGUCUAUAACAAGAGCCAGUAGUGACUGACACCAUGGUCAAGUCUUUGGCUCUCACAGAGUAAUACAGAUGGACCAUAUUAAAUACAUUUGGAAAAAUCAACUGUGAUUAGCUUUGAAUAAAAAGGCUACAGUCUCA